CUCAAAAGAAACAUUAAAAUAUGAUUUUCAAGUACAUCCAAGAGCCAGUCCUCGGAGCUUUGCUUCGCUCCCGAGACUCGCUGAUCUACUUAAACAGAUCCAUAGAUCAAAUGGGAUGGAGGCUGCCGCCACGAACGAAGCCAUAUUGGUGGCUUUACUACAUUUGGACACUGGUGGUCAUAGUACUCGUCUUCAUCUUCAUACCCUACGGACUCAUAAUGACUGGAAUAAAGGAGUUCAAGAACUUUACGACCACCGAUCUGUUUACGUAUGUUCAGGUGCCCGUCAACACCAAUGCCUCCAUCAUGAAGGGCAUCAUUGUGUUGUUCAUGCGGAGGCGAUUCUCAACGGCCCAAAAGAUGAUGGACGCAAUGGACAUCCGAUGCACCAAGAUGGAGGAGAAGGUCCAGGUGCACCGAGCUGCGGCCCUAUGCAACCGUGUUGUUGUGAUCUACCAUGGCAUAUACUUCGGCUACCUAUCCAUGGCCCUAAUGGGAGCUCUGGUGAUCGGAAAGACUCCAUUCUGUUUGUAUAAUCCACUGGUUAACCCCGUCGAGCAUUUCUAUUUGGCCACUGCAAUUGAGUCGAUCACCAUGGUUGGCAUUAUUCUGGCCAACCUCAUUUUGGACGUAUAUCCGAUCAUAUAUGUGGUCAUAUUGCGGAUCCACAUGGAGCUCCUCAGUGAGAGAAUCAAGGAACUGCGCACUGAUGUUGAAAAGGGAGACGACCAACAUUAUGCGGAGCUGGUGGACUGUGUGAAGGAUCACAAGCUAAUUGUCGAGUAUGGAAACACUCUGCGGCCCAUGAUAUCAGCCACGAUGUUCAUCCAGCUGCUAUCCGUUGGCCUUCUUUUGGGCCUGGCAGCGGUUUCCAUGCAGUUCUACAACACCGUCAUGGAGCGUUUCGUCUCCGGGGUCUACACCAUAGCCAUACUUUCCCAGACCUUUCCCUUCUGCUAUGUUUGUGAGCAACUGAGCAGCGAUUGCGAAUCCCUGAGCAACACUCUGUUCCAUUCCAAGUGGAUUGGGGCUGAGCGGCGGUACAGAACCACGAUGUUGUACUUCAUUCACAAUGUGCAGCAGUCGAUUUUGUUCACUGCUGGCGGAAUUUUUCCCAUAUGUCUGAACACCAAUAUAAAGAUGGCCAAGUUCGCUUUCUCAGUGGUGACCAUUGUAAAUGAGAUGGACUUGGCCGAGAAAUUGAGAAGGGAGUAAUUCGGCUUAUUCUCGCAAAUUUAAUCAGAUCAAUUUUAGAGAGUAGUUGUGCACCACACAAAGUAAACAAGCAAUAAAUGUGAUUGUAGAUCAAACUGAAAAAUUAAAAAAAAAAACUGUUUGUACCUUCACAUAACAUAACAUCUCUGGCAAACAAAGCAGAACUCCAAUUUUACUAUUAUAGCUUGCCAUUAUACGGUGGUAAAUGGGGAGCCCUCUUAUCUGGAGACUCCUCCUCCUCGUGGCACCUGCCGCUGGAGCUCUCUGCGCGUCUGAAACUGCCGUCCGGUCCAUUACAAUUAUGGGCUGUUGAAGGCACUGCUGCACAUCUGCGCCGUCUUCUAAUUUCGAAUCGUGUUCCACAACAGCAACUCCAAGUGCAACACGUACUGGAGAGUGCAGCGCCAUAAAAAGCCACAAAAGAGCUCCCGGGUUACUCGUGGCGGCGAUCGCAAGAAAUCAGGAAGGAACCGGACAAAGGAGCGAUAAUGAACCGGGAGACGGAGUAUAUCGACCUCGAUGGUGCUCCAUUCCAUUCCAUUCAGGAGGGCAUUUCGCGACUUACAAGCUCGUUUUCCCGCUGCUCGCAUAUCGCAUUACCAUCCCACUUGUUGCCCGACAUCGUCCCCCCAAUAAUCAUAUCCCAAUCCCCCACUUCACCACUUACCCACUCCCCCAAGCCCAACGAUCUGCGGCUAAUGAUCCCCAACAGUGUCGAAUUUCGUGUACAUAGUUUAUGGUUAUGGAUUUGCGCACUUGUCAAUUGCAGUUCGAUCAUAGCUAGUACUCGCACUCGGUCUCGUUUUGGAGUGCCAGACAAAGCGAACGUGCAGCUGCAUAAAUAUGGAGAACUGUUCGAAAUAGACGGAAUCUCCCCUCAUUAAAGGUGGUUGUAAUAGAUGGGAUACGACUUGAGAUCGACUGGGGAAUACUGUUAGUUGCUGCAUAAGAAAAGGUUUUCUCAGCCACUUUAGCUAGUUGAAGUCGGGAUGUCGGC